UUGUACAUAGGGACUAGGCGAGGAGUAUGCGUAAGGACGGUCAUUAGCUAGAAACAGUAAUGUCCUUUUAACGCGUUUGCACUAGCCUAGCUAGCCGCUAAGUGAUACCAAAGAAUAAUAGUUUUGUUUUAACAACUCUGGAUGUUUUGCCUAGCUUUUUAAAGAUGUGUCCUUGUAUGUCAAGGUGUUGCUUUAUUUAUACAUAUUCGUAUUGAGUUGCUUGCCAGCUCCAAGAUUGUUGCUAGGAAUAGCUAAUAGCUAGAUGCUACAUUUAGUAAAUAGUACAGUUCUCGCGAGAACCUGGACAGGAUCACGGGAACUUUUUAAAACAUACACCAAAAACCAUUAUUAUCAGUCAGUAGUCGUGAAAUAUGUAUGUUCUUAUUAUGAAAAAGUAUACAAGCAAUAGCAUUUAAAAAGUGUGCAUGUAGAGUAUGCCGUGUUUAUUAAAAUGUUCGUUUACUACUCUGUGUGGGUGGAGCAAACGUUUCUUUAGGGGCAUUGCGGCGGGAAAUUCAUUCAAGCUCAUUUCCCUGCACUGGCUGGUCUCUUUUCUGUUGCCUCUUUUCAUAGGUUUUUAAAAGUUACCGCCAUACAUUUUUUACUUACAAAACAUGCCUUGCUCAGAAGUUACAGAUGUGACCGCUGUCUCAUCUCUAAAGAGGACAAAAACUGAACUUCCAAACGAGUUCAACACUGUGUUGAAAUUCGCCAAACUGUCCGAGCACGCCACUACUCCAACCAGAGGGUCGACAAAAGCAGCGGGCUAUGACUUGUACAGUGCAUAUGACUACUCAAUUGGGCCUAUGGACAAGGGCAUAGUGAAGACUGAUAUACAGAUAGCAGUUCCCCAUGGCUGUUACGGGAGAGUGGCUCCAAGGUCUGGCCUGGCAGCUAAGCACUUCAUAGACGUUGGAGCUGGAGUUGUUGACGAGGACUACAGAGGAAAUGUCGGAGUAGUGCUCUUCAACUUCAGCAAGGAGACCUUCAACGUGAAAAAGGGGGACCGGGUAGCUCAGCUGGUCUGUGAAAGAAUCUGCUACCCAGAUAUAGUGGAGCUCCAGACUCUGGAUGAGACCGAGCGUGGAUCGGGAGGAUUCGGCUCCACAGGAAGGAACUGAUACCUUAUUGUAAACAUGAAUUUUAAUGUUGGUCUAUGAAAUUGUUGUAAAAAUAAAGUGAUUUUUCAUACUUAA